GAAUUUUCUCCAUUUUAGUCGUUCAAAACAUGCAAUUUAAUAUUUUUUGUAUGAAACUAACUUGAAACGGUCCGUCAUUAUAUUAAAAAAGUUUGUAAAAGUUAGUAUAUUAGAAUGGUUAACGUAAUUGAAGAUUUACAAUUCAGCACAGAAUAUGCAGCAGAUGAGGAAAAUCAUAUAUUUUAUAAACAUUCAGAUAUUGAUUAUGAAGAACGUGGUUUGGGAUAUCAUUUUUAUAAAUACAUGCAACGACAUAGUAAUUUGGUAGCACAAUACAUUGCUGAUACAGAACAAGAAGAUACUUACCACCAAGUUUUAGAACGUUGUAUCAGAACUGCCCUACAUCUUAGUAGUAGAAAUUUAACAAGAGAUGAUAUUAUAGUUAUUUGUUCAACCAACAAUCAAUUUACCGUUGUUCCCUUUAUAGCAAGUCUAUUUCUAAAUGUACAUGUAGCUACUUUAGAUCCAACGUUGUCAUGUUUAGAUUUUGAUUAUUUAUUAAAAGAGGUCAAGCCCAAAGUUAUUUUUAUCAUACCAGAAGUGGUUGAAAUGGUGGAAGCUUCGUUACAAAAUGCAGGAAUCAACACAGAAAUAAUACUUAUAGGAAAAUCGGAUGUGUACACAGAAUUUUCAAGUUUCUUGGAACCUCAUCCGGAUGAAGAAACAUUUGAACCCAAACCUGUAGAAAACGUAUUUGAUACAGCAGUUAUUUUAUUCAGUAGCGGCACUACUGGUCUGCCGAAAGGAAUUAUGAUUUCUCAUUACGCUUUAAUGGCCCAAGCAGCUGUUACAAUACUAUCAAAUAAUAUAAACAAGAUUUAUUUGUCUUAUGCUUCGCUCUAUUGGAUAACAAGAAUGAUGUUCUUGGUUGCUACGUACCAGAUCGGAGCGGCUAAUGUUAUGGUAUCAAAAUUUGAUCCUCAAGAAUGUUGGCUUCUACUUGAUAAGUAUAAGGUAACCAAUCUUUUUCUCCCGCCUUCUGGCGCAAUAUCUUUAAUAAAAGCUGGUCGUCCGGACAACAUUGAUACUAGCAAUUUAUUAACUUUCGUAACUGGUGGUGCUAUACUCCCGCAAGAAUAUAUCUUAGAACUUAGAGAUUUACUACCAGGUGCUUUUAUUUAUCAAGCAUACGGACAAACGGAAAUUUCUGGAGCUGGAAAUUGGUUUGACGUGAACGAUGUUAAACAAAUUUUGUAUUUGCACAAAAAACCCAAUUCUGUUGGUCUACCGAUACCUAAUGUUAUGUGUAAGGUCGUAAAUGUAGAUACCGAAAAAACAUGUGGACCCAAUGAACAAGGGGAACUCAGAUUGAAGUCAAAAAUGAUUAUGAAUGGUUUCUAUAAUCAAGACUAUUCCGAUUCUUUUGAUAAAAACGGUUGGUUGAAAACAGGGGAUGUUUGUUAUUAUGACGAAGACGGAUGUUUCUACAUAGUUGAUAGAAUUAAAGAAAUGCUCAAAUACAAAUCGUGGCAUGUAGCCCCAGCUAUGUUAGAAAAGAUUUUAGUGAAUCAUCCAGCAGUUUCGCAAGUAGUUGUGAUAGGCAAACCUCAUGAUGAAGAUGGCGAUCAUCCAAUGGCAGUUAUAAUACCAAAUGAAUCUUAUUUGGAAGUUAUCGAUGAAGAUGAUGUUAUUAACUUUGUAGAAGAACGUGUACCGGAUCGAAUGAAACUCAGGGGGGGUAUUAAAAUUGUUAAUAGUUUUCCAAUGACUCCUUCGGGAAAAAUUAAAAGAGUUUUAUUAAAAAAAAUGAUACUAAAUGGGGAGAUUUAUUUACAAUUGAGGACAGAAUAUGCAGCAGAUGAAGAAAAUCAUAUAUUCUUCAAACCUUUAGAUUUUGAAUUAGAGGAACGUGGCUUGGGGUUUCAUUUUUUCAAAUACAUGCGAAAACAUAGUAAUAAGAUUGCGCAAUUUAUUGCUGAUACGGAAAAAGAAGAUACAUACGAAGAAAUUUUGGAACGUUGUGUUAGAGCUGCUCUUCAUCUGAAUAAUAGAAAUUUGACAAAAGAAGAUGUCAUUCUUAUAUGUUCAAACAACAAUCAGUUCACUGUUGUUGCCUACAUAUCAAGUCUAUUUCUAAAUGUAAUGGUAUCUACUUUAGAUCCGACGUUGUCAAUUUUAGAUUUUAAUCAUUUAUUACAAGAAGUCAGACCGAAAAUGGUUUUCGUUAUACCUGAAGUUGUUAAUAAAAUAGAAACUUCAAUGCAAAAUGCAGGAAUUGAAGCAGAAAUAAUAGUUAUCGGAGAAUCAGAUCAAUACAAAACAUUUUCAAGUUUUUUGAAACCUCAUCCAGAUGAAGAUACAUUUGAACCGAAACAAGUUGAUAAUAUAUUUGAUACAGCAGUGAUUCUGAUGAGUAGCGGUACGACUGGUUUCCCCAAAGGAAUUAUGUUGAGUCAUUACGCUUUAAUGUCACAAGCAGCUAAUUUAAUAUUCACGAAUAAUAUGAACAGAGUAUAUUUAUCGUAUGCUUCAUUUUAUUGGAUAACAAGAAUAAUGUCUUUAACUGCAUCAUAUAAAAUAGGAGCAGCGAAUCUCAUGGUCUCAAAAUUUGAUCCUCAACAAUGUUGGCAUUUACUUGAUAAGUAUAAGGUAACUGAUAUCUUUUUACCGCCCCCUUACGGAAUAUCAUUAGUGAAAGCUGGUCGUCCGAAAAAUAUUGAUACUAGUAACCUGAUAACCCUUUCAAUUUCCGGUGCGCCAAUGCCAGAGGCAUAUUUUUCCAAAAUUAGGGAUAUGUUACCUGGAACUAUUAUUUCUCAACCAUACGGACAAACAGAAAUUGCAGGAUGUGCUACAUGGAUUGAUGUAAAUAACGUUAAACAAACUUUGUAUAUACAUAACAAACCCAACUCUAUCGGCAUGCUUUUACCUAAUAUUAUGUGUAAAGUUGUAAAUGUAGAUACUGAAAAGACAUGUGGUCCCAACGAACAAGGAGAACUUAGAUUCAAAACAAAAUCAAUCAUGAACGGUUUUUUUAACCGAGACUGUUCCGAUUCUUUUGAUACGAAUGGUUGGUUGAGAACAGGCGAUGUAUGUUAUUACGACGAAGACGGUUUUUUUUACAUAGUCGAUAGAAUUAAGGAAAUGCUUAAAUACAAAUCGUGGCAUGUAGCCCCAGCCAUGUUAGAAAAGAUUGUAGAGAAAUAUCCAGCAGUGUCGCAGGCAAUUGUAAUAGGCAAACCUCAUGAUGAAGAUGGCGAUCAUCCAAUGGCAAUUAUAAUACCAAAUGAAUCAUAUCUUGGAAUUAUCGAUGAAGAUGAUAUUGUAAAUUUUGUAGCGAAACGUGUACCGGAUCGAAUGAAGCUCAGGGGGGGCAUUAAAAUAGUUAAUAGUUUUCCAAUGACUCCAUCUGGAAAAAUUAAAAGAGUUCUAUUAAAAUCUAUGGUACUGAAUGGAGAUAUUUGAGAAAUAAAUAAACAUUACAAACGA